CAGCAGAGCUGAAAAAGAGCUGUGAGGUCAUGGCAGCUGCCAGUGUGAGCAGACCUGGCAGUUCCCAGACCACUGAAAAGUCUCAGCUGAUCUUAAAAGUGGUGUCAGCGAAGCCUCAGUCUCCCAAGCUGCCUAACCGUCACUCUCGGCUCAGCUCCUUUGUGGAGGUGACGGCCGACGGCCUGACCAGUGAAACCAAAAAAACAGGCAAACGCAGCGGGCACCUCGAGCUGCAGUGGAAUGAAGACCUCACCCUAAAUGUGACGCCUCAGAGUCGUCUGGACCUGAAGCUGUGGAGCUGCCACACCCUGAGGAAGGAGCUUCUGGGCUGCGCCACCAUAGACCUGCUGGACACACUGCGCACACAUGACGGCAAGAUGGAGAACGUCCAGUUGAGUCUGGUGCUGCAGACGGAGAACAAAGGCUCGGUUGUAGCGGGAGGAGAGCUCAACGUCUGUUUGGACGGCAUGGUUGUUGAUCUGGGCACGCUGCCCAAUGGCACAGCAGCAGACAAGAUACUGCAGGCAGACAGACCCAACCUGAGGAGGACACAGAGCGAGGAGACUCCUUGUGCAGCUGGACCAAACAACAGGAGUAACCGGCACUCAGUGGGGGGUUCACAGGGUGGCUCUCCCGGGUGCACCAGAGGGGUCUCUUUGACUAACGGGGAGCUGAGUGAGGAGCAGAUCACCGGGCCUGAUGGUUCAUCCGUUCGCCUUCGACCUUCUAAGAGUCACGGCAGCCCUGGAAGCAGCGCAGACAAAGUUGAGUUGACUUCUAACGGGCUGGAGAAUAGUCGUGGGAGCGUGGCCCGUCACACGCCUCCUCCGCCCUCACCGUCAGGCCGCUCCCCGGCAGCCAGCAGUAGCAGCAGCAGCCCCUCUCCAGGUCAGGACGCCCUCGCUCUGGCUGCGCCAUCAGAGCCCGGCCCCAACGCCACCCCUAACAGUGAACAGGCCAGCAACAGCAACACAGAAUCCAAUAAUGAGUCGCUUCCGGCAGGCUGGGAGCAGAGGGUGUUGCCUCAUGGCCGAGUAUAUUACGUUGACCACAACACCAAAACCACGACAUGGGAGAGACCACUGCCACCAGGCUGGGAGAAACGAGUGGACCAGCGGGGCAGGUUCUAUUACGUGGACCACAACACCAGAACCACCACAUGGCAGAGGCCCACAGCCGAGUCUGUGCGAAACUACCAGCAGUGGCAGAGCCAGCGUAGUCAGCUGCAGGGCGCAAUGCACCAGUUCAGCCAGCGCUUCCUCUACCAGCCGUCUGGUGCACCGGUGGAAAAUGAUCCUCUGGGCUCAAUGCCUCCUGGAUGGGAGAAGCGUCAGGACAAUGGCAGAGUGUACUUUGUCAACCACAACACACGGACAACACAGUGGGACGAUCCUCGGACCCAAGGGAUGAUCAAGGAGCACCCCCUGCCACCGGGCUGGGAGAUGAAGUACACCGCCGAGGGAGUCCGAUAUUUUGUGGACCACAACUCGCGCACCACCACCUUUAAAGACCCCCGCCCCGGGUUUGAGUCAGGGUCUCGGCAAGGUGGUUCACCUGGCGCAUACGAUCGCAGCUUCAGGUGGAAAUACCACCAGUUCCGUUUCCUAUGCCAUUCCAAUGCCUUGCCCAGCCACGUCAAGAUCUCUGUGUCCAGGCAGACGCUGUUUGAAGACUCGUUCCAGCAGAUCAUGAAUGUGAAGCCCUACGACCUUCGGCGCAGACUCUACAUCAUCAUGAGAGGAGAGGAAGGGCUGGACUACGGCGGGGAUCGCCAGUGGUUCUUCCUGCUGUCCCACGAGGUGCUGAACCCCAUGUACUGCCUGUUCGAAUACGCCGGCAAGAACAACUACUGUCUGCAAAUCAACCCUGCCUCCUCCAUCAACCCCGACCACCUCACAUACUUCCGCUUCAUCGGACGCUUCAUUGCCAUGGCGCUGUACCACGGGAAGUUCAUCGACACGGGCUUCACACUACCGUUCUAUAAGCGAAUGCUGGACAAGAAACCCACCCUGAAAGACCUGGAGUCCAUAGACCCUGAGUUUUUUAACUCCAUCAUGUGGGUCAAAGAGAACAACCUGGAGGAGUGUGGCGUGGAGCUGUAUUUUGCACAGGACAUGGAGAUCCUCGGGAAGGUUUCCACCCACCAGCUGAAAGACGACGGCGAGAAUGAGCUAGUCACAGAGGAGAACAAGGAAGAGUACAUCGGCCUGCUGACAGACUGGAGGUUCACUCGCGGAGUAGAGGAGCAGACCAAAGCCUUCCUGGAUGGCUUCAACGAGGUGGUUCCUCUGGAGUGGCUCCGCUACUUUGAUGAAAAGGAGCUGGAGCUCAUGCUGUGCGGAAUGCAGGAGAUCGAUAUGGCUGAUUGGCAGAAGAACACCAUCUAUAGACAUUACACCAAGAACAGCAAGCAGAUCCACUGGUUCUGGCAGGUGGUGAAGGAGAUGGACAACGAGAAGAGAAUCCGUCUGCUUCAGUUCGUGACAGGAACGUGCCGGCUGCCUGUCGGAGGCUACGCUGAACUCAUAGGAAGUAACGGUCCCCAGAAGUUCUGCAUAGACAAGGUGGGGAAGGAGACUUGGCUUCCAAGAAGCCACACAUGCUUCAAUCGUCUGGAUCUGCCGCCCUACAGAAGCCUGGAACAGCUCCGAGAGAAACUCCUGUUCGCCAUCGAGGAGACGGAGGGAUUCGGACAGGAGUGACGCGAGAAAAGAAACGGAGAAAAUUCAAUUAAAUGGGAUAGUUUUUCUUAUUAAUAUAAUUAUUUUGCAUUUGUUAAUCACAGGGCUGAUCACCUGUUGCCCUUCACCUUGAGAAAGUCUGUGAACUGAAUCAUAGGAGAAAAGUUGGAGGACGAGUGUGCUCGCAUGUGUGUACACGUGUGUGUGUGCGUGUGUGUGCUUGCAUACAUUACCGCUACUGUGUACAUGCAUAUAAAUGGUGUGUAUGUGUGUGAGUUGGAAGGAUGGCACAUGAAGAUAGUUUUAUAUGAUGAGAAGCUCAAACGCUCCCCCCACACCUACACCUCUACUCACUGCUUAGAAACGCACCGAAAUCAGACGACAGGAUAGUUUAAAUGUCACAACAGCACAGCUUCCCCUCCAAUGCAGUAUAACAUAUCUACCAGAGAGACGUACAUUUCUAACAUUUAAAGUGACAGAGAGAGAGAAAGAGAGAGGCAGUGUAUGAGAAGACCUUGUUUGUGUGUUUGUGUGUGAUGUGUGUGUGUGUGCGUGCGUGCGUGCGCAAGAGGCAGGGAGCUGUUAUCAUGAACCAGCGCACCUCUGUGACAGAGGCCAGAGAGAUGAGAUGUGAUUUUAUUUUUCAUUUUUUCAUGUUACUUGUGAAAUUCAGCAUUUUUCUCCUGUACAUAGCUCAAAUAAAUGAGAUUUCAAUCCUG